CAUCAUCAUCAUCCUUUUCUCUCCUCCUUCAUCAUCACGAGAAUCAACUUCUCUGGCCCUCUCCUUUCCACCUCCUCUGUCUCUCGCCACCUUCCCUCUCCUUUCUCUUUCUUUCUUUCUCUCUCUCUCGUUCUUCUCACAAUGGGUUCGACCAAUAGUAGACUUCGGUCUCGCCCCUCCACCUCACGAGUCAAUGGCACUAACCGCUUCAGAUUCUCCUCCCUUCUCUGCGGUGGCUCCGCCGCUCGUUCCACUUAUGAGAUGGAAGAUCAACCAAGUGAACUUCAGAGAGAUUCUGCAACAGAAUUUAAUGAUGAAAAUCAGAAAGUUGUUGAAGAGUCAUCUAUAUCAUGUACAGAAGCUAGAAUUGGUUGCAGGCCCCAUACCGAAACUGCAAGCUCAUCAGAUACUAGAACUGAGUUGAGUGAGAUUUCUACUGUUGAAGUUUCCUCGAGGAGUGUUUCUACUAGUUGUCAAACGAAGUACUUGUCUGAAAGUAAGGAGCUAGUUCCUCCUCACCAGGUAAGUGCUGUUCAUAGUUAUGAUGAACCUUAUAGGGAUAGUAGCAACACAGCUAGUACUUCAUUUGUAGAACAGCAGUCUUCAGAUCCAGUCUCUGUAAAUGUUUCUGCUAACAAAGAUGCAGUCGGUUCAGUGGAUAGUGGUGUUUCUCAAAUAUCUCGCGAGACAAUGUAUCCGAGGAGCUCAACCUCUCACGACCAAGGGGAUUCCAAUGCUGAUAAUAUUUCUAUUGAGAAUCACACUCAUUCAGCUGUACCUAUCCAUAAUUCUGAAUUGGAUCAUGUUGCUCAAGUUUCCAAUUUGCCUGUAACUUCUGAGUUGCCGGAGAAUGCAACCCAUCAGGAGACAAUACCUUCAGGUUUAGGUUUUCUUGUGUCCAAUAGGGAAAGAGGACAAGGAAAUGAUAGCAUGUUUCAGGUUGAUGUUGUCGCAAUAUCUUCCAACGUUUUGUCUGAUGGCAAUGUUGGUGUCAGUGAUCGCGAUGCUAGAAGGGAUAGUAGAAGACUAUUUUGGGAUGCUUUUUCAAGACGUAGUUCCAGAAGAUUUGGUGAUUCACGAACCUUUGUGUUCUCAGCUGGUGACGUUGAUGAUCCAAGUUCUCAAGAUCAAUGGCUUCUUGAUUUGAGUAAUAAUUCCUCAAAUGAUGGGGUUGGAAAUGAUUCUGGAUAUUUGGGUAGUAGAAUUCAUAGAUUGAAUGAGCGGAUGAGGCACUCAAGAUCUGAGAUCUGGGAAAGACUUCGUGGUGGCCUUGAUGAGAUUGGUCGGUUGAAUCCUUCUUGUCCAUUAGGACUCCACCCUGAUGGCAUGUGUUCAUGCGAGUCUUUCCAGAUGGCUGAGGAAUCCAGUACUCGUGCAAGUAUAUCAAGAAUAGCUAUGCUUGCUGAAGCUCUAUUUGAGGUUCUGGAUGAAAUCCAUCGCCAACCUGUAUCUCUUGCCCUCUCCAUGGUCUCUCUUCCAGCACCAGAAUCAAUUGUAGAUUCUUUCCCUCUUAAGUGUCACAAAAAAAUUGACACCUCUGAUAAUGGCAAUGAUGCUGAACAAUGUUACAUAUGCCUGGCUGAGUAUGAGGAAGGAGACAAAAUACGCGUUCUUCCAUGCAACCAUGAGUACCACAUGUCAUGUGUUGAUAAGUGGCUGAAAGAAAUACAUGGUGUAUGCCCUCUUUGUCGUGGGAAUGUUUGUGGAGGGUCCAACGAGUCUCCUGCCUCUAACGCAGAAGUACCAUCUCAAUGACAUUGUACAUAUAUGAAUGUAAAUAUGAGCAUCAUUUUGCUCCUCGUCAAUGGCAUGUAUUAUACAGUUGUAAGAGUAAGUUCACGUUACAAAGUGAGAUCCUUAUAGCUUAAUCCUACUUCAAUGGCCAUUUACUGUCA